GGGGUGAGCUGCGAGUCUGUCGUCAGCCGGCCAUUGAAUGCGAUCAGAUCAAGUGGUGCUCAUUGGAGUUCAUUAGCGGGCGCGUGUGAUUAAUUACCUGUUGCGGAAAAUUUCCUUUGUUGUUUGUACAAACAAAUAAUAUACCGCGCUGAAGGAACGUUACUGCGGGUGAAAAAGUUCAUCAAAUAGGCAAAGACAUUUUUGUCAGUGGUUGGUAGUGCGAAGAAAAUUAGGCGCAUGUGUUUUUUUCUAUUGUAACAUCCUAGGCGAAAUUCUGAAGAUGCGGCUGCUAGUGCUCUACACAGUGCUAGCAACGCUCUGUCGAGCGGAAAUCACCACUCGACUCGGUCCAAACGGUUACGACUAUCCGCGACCAGUUAUUCCUUUCCCGCCACCAUCGCCGCCAUCUACGUCAAGACCUUGUCCGUUUGGAGGCGACCCUCCGUACUGCUGCACCAACGGCGGAAAAGGACCAAACUGUGAAGUGUCAAAGCCCUGUCCAGCAGGAGGUGUACCACCUUAUUGCUGCACAAAUGGGGGUCAAGGUCCUAACUGUAUAGUCCCAGCACCACCUUCUCCGCCUCCUACUCGGCCACCACCGCCACCUCCCCCUACAUGUCCAUAUGGCGGAGUCCCACCCUACUGCUGCACAAAUGGAGGUCAAGGUCCUAACUGUGUGGUACCAGCACCACCAUCUCCGCCUCCUACUCGGCCCCCACCACCACCUCCAACAUGUCCGUACGGCGGAGUCCCACCUUACUGCUGCACAAAUGGAGGUCAAGGUCCUAACUGUGUGGUACCGGCACCACCGUCUCCGCCUCCAACUCGGCCACCACCGCCACCUCCCCCUACAUGUCCAUACGGCGGAGUCCCACCCUACUGUUGCACAAAUGGAGGUCAAGGUCCUAACUGUGUGGUACCGGCACCACCAUCUCCGCCUCCUACUCGGCCACCACCGCCACCUCCCCCUACAUGUCCAUACGGCGGAGUCCCACCCUACUGCUGCACAAAUGGAGGUCAAGGUCCGAAUUGUGUAGUACCGGCACCACCAUCUCCGCCUCCUACUCGGCCUCCACCACCACCCCCAACAUGUCCGUACGGUGGAGUCCCACCUUAUUGCUGCACUAAUGGGGGUCAAGGUCCUAACUGCAUAGUACCAGCACCCCCAUCUCCGCCUCCUACUCGGCCUCCACCGCCAUCGACCCCCAAACCUUGUCCGUUCGGUGGAAGUCCACCAUACUGCUGUACUAAUGGAGGACAAGGACCAAACUGUGUUGUUCCUUCACGACCACCUCCAGGUCCGACGACACCUAAACCCUGUCCUUUCGGUGGUGUUCCGCCAUAUUGUUGUACGAACGGUGGAUCAGGGCCCAACUGCUACGUUCCUGCUCCUCCGACACCGCCUCCAACACGUCCUCCUCCACCACCACCAACAGGUAACGCAAACGAAUAUCUCCCUCCAUGUACCAACGGAGGGCAGGGGCCAAAUUGUGUAACAAAUCGACCUCCGUAUCCGCCUGCGACAAAGCCUACUCAACCACCACGUUGCCCAUCUGGAGGAGUGCCUCCAUAUUGCUGCACUAACGGAGGUCAAGGUCCGAAUUGUGUAGUCCCUACAAGGCCUACACUGCUGCCAACCUCACCUGCCCCAUGCCCAUUCGGAGGUGUCCCACCAUACUGUUGCACUAAUGGAGGGCAAGGUCCAAACUGUGUGGUCCCUACAAGACCCACACAGCAACCAACUUCACCUGCACCUUGUCCAUAUGGAGGUGUUCCCCCAUAUUGCUGCACUAAUGGAGGUCAAGGUCCGAUUUGUGUAGUCCCAACGAAACCUGCACCACGUCCACCGACUACACCUGCACCUUGCCCAUUCGGAGGUGUCCCACCAUACUGCUGCACUAAUGGAGGUCAAGGACCAAAUUGUGUUGUUCCUACAAGUCCCACACCACGGCCAACUCCACCACGGCCAACUCCACCGCGACCAACUUCGCCUGCACCCUGUCCAUAUGGAGGUGUCCCACCAUAUUGCUGCACCAACGGAGGUCAAGGUCCGAAUUGUGUAGUCCCAACGAAACCUGCACCACGUCCACCGGCUACACCUGCGCCUUGCCCGUUCGGUGGUGUCCCGCCAUAUUGUUGCACCAAUGGAGGACAAGGUCCGAAUUGUGUAGUCCCUACAAGACCCACACAGCGACCAACUACACCGCGACCAACUUCACCUGCACCUUGUCCAUAUGGAGGUAUCCCACCAUAUUGCUGCACUAAUGGCGGACAAGGUCCAAACUGUGUGGUACCUACGAAACCUGCACCACGACCACCGACUACACCUGCGCCUUGUCCGUUCGGUGGUGUCCCGCCAUAUUGUUGUACCAACGGAGGGUCAGGUCCAAACUGUGUUGUACCCACUCGACCCCCUCCUAGUACACCUGCUCCAUGUCCCUUCGGAGGUCUUCCUCCAUACUGUUGCACGAAUGGAGGACAAGGUCCGAACUGUGUAGUGCCGACGAGACCACCACCUCCGAAACCAACUGAGAGUAAUGAAUAUCUACCACCAUGUCCAAAUGGUGGAGUAGGACCAUCAUGCCAAACACCGCGUCCACCACCACCAACUCCAGGACCGACACGACCACCUACCAGGCCUACGACCCCAUCAGGCUGUCCCAAUGGAGGAACCCCUCCGUAUUGCUGCACAAACGGUGGCCAAGGACCUAACUGCAUUGUACCAACGCCUCCACCACGUCCAACUACACCAACAUGCCCCUACGGUGGAGUUCCUCCUUACUGUUGUACUAAUGGCGGACAAGGGCCGAACUGCGUUGUUCCUACCCAGCCUCCUAGACCAACAACUCCCGCUGGGUGUCCAUACGGAGGAGUUCCCCCUUACUGUUGUACUAACGGAGGGCAAGGACCAAACUGCAUUGUACCUACUCAGCCUCCACGACCCACUACACCCACAUGUCCUUACGGAGGAGUACCUCCGUACUGUUGCACAAACGGUGGCCAAGGACCUAACUGUAUAGUACCUACGCCUCCACCACGUCCAACGACUCCACCACGUCCAACGACACCGACAUGCCCCUACGGUGGAGUUCCCCCUUACUGUUGUACUAACGGGGGACAAGGACCAAACUGCGUUGUUCCUACCCAGCCCUCUAGGCCAACAACUCCCGCUGGGUGUCCAUACGGUGGAGUUCCUCCUUACUGUUGUACUAACGGAGGCCAAGGACCAAACUGCAUUGUACCUACUCAGCCUCCACGGCCAACUACUCCCGCCGGAUGUCCAAAUGGUGGAGUUCCUCCCUACUGUUGUACUAACGGAGGACAAGGACCUAACUGUGUUGUACCUACUCAGCCUCCACGGCCUACUACAACUACAUGCCCAUACGGAGGAGUGCCUCCAUACUGUUGCACAAAUGGAGGCCAAGGAUCCAAUUGUGUUAUUCCUACACAGCCUACGAGGCCAACAACUUCUGCUGGAUGUCCUAAUGGUGGUGUUCCACCUUACUGCUGUACAAAUGGUGGACAAGGUCCAAACUGCCAGUUACCACCCCCUGUCAUACUAGACAAAGACGGAUACCAUUAUGAUAAGCCCAGUAAACCAUUUAAUUACUAACUGCACCGUCAGUAGAGCUAUUUAUUGACUCUCGUUUCUAUUGUGAAUAUGUAUUAUAGUCAAUAUAAGCAAACCAAGUCAACAGUUAACGCGUUUGUGAAAAAAAAAUCGCAAAAACGAUAAUUAUUGUAAAAAAGAGCAUAUUUAUAUUCAAAGCAACUGGAAAAUACUCGUUAUAUGUUGUGGUUAGACAGUUCGACGCCGUUAUGAACCAUUAAAAAGAAUAUCUUCAAGCGCCAACAACGGAGGCUUCAAUAAACAUUC